CUGGGAAGAGUUUGCUCUGACUCUGCAGCUUUCCCAAAGCAACAGGAGCAGCAACUUCUCUUUCUGCCUCAACAAUGGCAGAAGCUGUUACAAGACACUGGGUGGAAACUCCUGUACGCUACCAAGAGCAGUUUGCUGUCCAAGAGCUGGAAGCACACAAAUUGGACCACUCUCUAUAUGCUUUGCCAGGCCCUUCCACAGCUACACUGAACAACAGAAGGUGUAUCACACAAAGUAUAGCUGGCACCAGGAAGAGUGGCCAGGAAGAGGAAAACACACACUUUCAGGUCUUGCUGGAUGUUGUGCAGUUCCGCCCCGAAGAUAUCAUUAUUCAGACUUUUGAAGGCUGGCUCCUGAUCAAAGCUCAGCAUGGACCCAGGAUGGAUGAACACGGUUUCAUAUCCAGAAGCUUUACCAGACAAUACAAAUUACCUAAUGGAGUGGAGAACAAAGACUUGUCUGCGCUUUUCUGCCAUGAUGGCAUUUUGGUUGUUGAAAUGAAGAACUCGGUGGGAAACAAUUAGAACCUUGACCAUAGUUUAUUGGCUCUGAAGAAGCACAUGAACUGAAGGAUACUAUCAAGAAAAAUAAAACCACUAUUUCCACAGUUCAAGCUCAUUUACAAAAAAACCCUUGAGAGAUUGCUUUUUAGAAGUGUGUUGCAUGUUUGAAACUAUAAGAAAAAAGAAUAAUCACUGACUACAUUUGCUGAACAUACAGUAAGUAGAAAUGAUAAUUU